GUUGUUGUUUUCGCUUCGUAUUUUUGGCAAGCAUCCAAAGCGUCUCCGUUUAUAUAACCCGCGACCUCUUACCGUCUUUGCCCCGUUUCGCUUCGAUUCCAGCCUGCCUCCCUCUCGGACCAGCAGCUCGCUGCCCUCUGCCUUUGGCUCCGUCUGUCCUUCGUCGGAGCCUCUGAUUCCUCGAUCCUCUCCCCAGGCCCGUCUGGAGCCCGUCUGAAGUCCCCCGCUGGUGGUUGACUCGCUGUUUCCUCUUCGCUUCUCCGCCCUGCCCUGCGCUUCUUUCUGUCUCGGCGUCCUUUGAGAGUCUUCCGCCUCGGAUCACCGCCUUCGCGUUAUGUCCUCCUUCCAGACCUUCCACCACCCGCCGUCAACACCGUCGUCCUCGGCCAUGCCUGCCCUAUCCUCCGCAAGCGCCCUCCACUCCCUCCUGGACUCGGUCCCGCUCAAGCCCAUGUUCCAGCGGCUACCUGGCCUGUGGAUCCUGCUCCUGAUCCCUUUUGCCAUCUUCGGACCCAUCUACACCCCCGUGCUCUUCAGCUUGUACUAUCUCUCCCUCCACCUGAUCUUCCUUGCCAACAACAUCCGCUCGGCGUACGCCGUCUACAUCGCCUAUCACUCGUCGAUCCUGUACUCGACUACCAACUGGAUCGAAAAGUACCGGGCCGAUGUCCCCAACGCCGGCUAUGGUGAUGCUGACUACCACGACAUGCCCUACGGCUCUGUCGAGCACGUCGUCAUCAUCCCGAACUACAAAGAGACCUGGGAUACCCUUUGCGAGACCCUCGACAUCCUCGCCAGCCAUGGCCGCGCCCUGACUCAAUACCGAGUCUGCCUUGCCAUGGAGCAGGGCGAGCAGGGCUCUGAAGACAAGGCCCGCAGCCUGAUGGACAAGUACCAAAACAACUUCCUGCAGAUCACCUUCACCAUGCACCCCCUUGGCCAGCCCGGCGAGAUUCGCGGCAAGUCCUCCAACGUUGCCUGGGCCGCCCGGCAAAUGUCCACGUCCCUCGCCAACGAGUCCACCAACAAGAUCAUCACCGUCAUGGAUGCCGACACGGCCUUUGCCGAGGACUACUUUGCCUCCAUCACCUACCACUACUGCGUGGCCCCCGCCAGCGACCGCAAGAUCAUGAUGUUCGCCCCCGCCACCGUCUUCGACCGUAACUCCAACGAUGUUCCCGUCUUUGUCCGUGUCACCGACAUGUUCUGGUCCGUCGGUGUGAUCUCGAACCUGUAUCCGUCGUCGUCCGUCAAGAUCCCGUGUUCGGCGUACUCGGUUUCCAUGGACCUGGCCAUCAACGUUCGCUUCUGGGACGCUGGUCCCGAGGCCAUCGGCGAGGACAUGCACAUGUACCUCAAGUGCUUCUUUGCCACCGAUGGCAAGGUCAUUGUCAAGUCCAUCUUCUCGCCCGCGUCGCAGUGCAACAUCGAGGGCGAAGGCACGGGCUGGAACGGCUACGUCUCGAACCUGUCGGCCCGCUACACCCAGGGCAAGCGCCAUCUGUGGGGCUCGCUCGAUACUGGCUACGUUCUGCGCCGCACCCUGCUCCGCAUGAUCGCCCCCGGAUACGAGCCCACCGUCGACACCACCGGCACCUCCUUCCCCGAGUCGGGCUUCAAGCCCUCCGUCCUGGCCUUCCUGUUCCACCGCAUGUUCGAGUCGCACAUCCUCAUGGGCCACAUGUUCAUCCUGAUGUUCUUCACCUCGAUCUUCCUGCCCGUCAAUCAGUCGUCGUUCUACUACUGGUUCUCGGUCGCCAUCUUCUCGCGCCUGACCAGCAACCCUGUGCAUGCCUGGGUCGCCUUUGCCGUUGGCAUUUCCUUCUGGGUGCGCAUCGCCAUCCUGGUGCCCAAUGUCGUCAUGAUCACCUACUACGAGCACUACCAGCGCUGGGUCGGCCGCACCCGCUGGGAGCUGCUGGCCCAGCAGGAAGAGUGCAAGCGCCUGGAACGCAUGAACGACCCCAGCCAGGCCUAUGUCGAGGAGGAGGAUGUCUCUCUCAAGAACCACCGCGAGUUCAUGGAGCAGCUGAACCGCCCGUCGCUCGGCUCGGACAUGUCCAUCUUCAAGGUCACUUCCUCGGCCGAGCUCACUCCGGUGGUGCAGCCCCUCGGCAUCCGUGCGUCGCUGGCCAGCUACCGCGAUUUCCCCAGCCACCUCUUUGACUGGGCCUACAUUCCCUUUGCCGGCUUUGCCUUUGGUGUUCUGCCUCUGAUCCACGCGCAGCUGUCGCAUCUCUUCACCGAGCAUCUGGACUACAAGGUCGCCGCCAAGCCGGUCCUGCACCGCCCGCAGCACGAGCCCAUCAGCGUCGAGCCGCCGGCGUACAGCAGCGUUGUGGACAGCGCCGACGUCGUGUCCAUCGUGGUCAAGUCUGCCGCCGCUCAGAUCCCCGUCUCCCGGUUCGACCGCAAAGACUUUAUCGACGAGAGCUGCUCGUCGCCGUGCCCAAGCGUCAGCACCGAUAGCAACAGGGACGAGGGCUUCUUUGACGAAGACGACAGCGCCUCGAUAUCGUUCCCUUCCGGAAGCAACAGCGGCCUGGCGACGAGCCACGCAAGCAGCAGCAGCCUCCGGCUACAGCUGUCCCACUAGACUCUCCCGCUAUACAUUCCUCCAUACUGUGCCCUGACCCCUCCCACACCUCCUUUCCAGCCAGCGCAUCGCUCGGCCAUCCUAACCAUUGAUUCCAUCCGUCCGCCGCCCGUCCAUCCAUCCCUCCAUCCAUCUAUCACUUGCUCCCAUCCGCCCCCUGAUGUAUAGUAUAUGCUGCCCGCCACCUGCUCUCUGCGUCUUUCUUUCUCUCCCUUUCGUAUUUAUCCCUUUAAAAAAAAGCUACAGCCGCUCAUUAAACUCGUCGAGCUUUGCCUCUACUGCUUCUCCCCGGCUCAGGCCAAACAGGCCUUGAUGCGCGGGAAAGCAAAGGUGCCGGCGACAAUAGAGAGGUACGGCAUUCCGAAUACAUACAAAAUAUCGUCCUGCCUUA